GAGACCUGCGGCCAAGGCACAGCUGAAGACGAGCCCAAGCGCCGCCAUCCCGGACCCCUCGCCGCCGGCCUCGGGUAAGCGGGAGGCGGGCAUGUUGGCAUGGCAGGACGGCGGGGCCAAGGCGGCUCCCUCCCACCACAAGAUAUCCUUCUCGGUCCUGGACAUCCUGGAUCCACAAAAAUUCACCCGCGCUGCACUCCCGGCCGUCCGCCUCGCUCCCCGGGAAGCCAAGAAAAGUUUGGCGGAGGUCGAAGCAGGGAAGGAAGUCAGCCCUGGAGACCCAGUCCGGCUGCAGGAGAGCCCUGAUGCUGCAGGCCCCGGCGCCGGCCCGGCGUCCCCCCUGGAGGGCUCCGAGGCCGAAGAGGAUGAAGAGGACGCGGAUGACGCAGGGCGAGCACCGCGGCGGGAGCGGGCUGCGCACCUACAGACGGGUCGGGCGGGCUCUCCCGAGGCCCGGGUGGCCACACUGGCGGCUGCCGAGUGCAGCGCGGACGGCGAGGGCGGACUCUCGGGCUCCCCAGGCUCGCCCGGCUCCCCGCGGCCCCGGCGCCGGCGCGCAGAGCCCAGCUGCGCCAAACCCCGGCGCGCGCGCACUGCCUUCACCUACGAGCAGCUGGUAGCCUUGGAGAACAAGUUUCGGGCCACCCGCUACCUAUCGGUAUGCGAGCGCCUGAACCUAGCGCUGUCCCUCAGCCUCACCGAGACUCAGGUUAAAAUCUGGUUCCAGAACCGCCGAACCAAGUGGAAGAAGCAGAACCCGGGAGCCGACGGCGCGGCGCAGGCGGAAGGAGGCGCGCCACAGCCUGGGACACUCGGCGCGGCGGCUGGGACCUGCGGCGGUGGCACGGGAGGCAGUCCCGGCCCGCCCGGCCCCGGAGCUCUGCCCUUCCAGACUUUUCCCUCCUACUCCGCGGCCAACGUCCUCUUCCCGGCCGCUGCAUCCUUCUCGCUAACAGCCGCCGCCGGGAACCCCUUUGCGCCCUUCCUCGGGCCCUCCUACUUGACCCCCUUUUACACCCCGCACCUAUGAACCCGGGGUCCUCCAGGAUCCCUCUUCGACGGGAUUCACUAGUGAUUGGCUUCGCAUGAGGCCCCUUCCUUCACAGAUGGGCCUGACCCGCACCAACCGCCCCCUCCUGGCGCGCGGGUGUCUGCCUGGCCCUUCCCUUCCAGCCUCUGGGAGACACCACCAGAGGGCGGGCAGAAGCCGCCUGGCGACUCCGGGCUGCGCCUCACCGGGCCGCGCCUCUCCUCGCCACGCCGACCUACUGAGUCCACACGGGCGGCAGAGGGAACUAGGCAGUGUCUAGAGUCGGAGGCUGCUGACCUAAAGUCUUCCUGUUUUCAGAUCUGGCUUUUCACUUCCGUCAGGUUCAAUUCAGUUCAAGGACUCUUUUUUUAAGGGUCAGGGCAUUCCAGGCCGAGGUAACAAAAGUGUUAGGAGAGAGACACGAGAGUGCCAAGGCGCCCUGUGCAGCAGCUGCUCGCACCUAGGCUAGAAUCUUCAAGGAUUCCAAUCUACUCAGAGAUGAGGAACUUGUCCUUUCUCUGAGCUGUUUUCCCUUGGUACUUGAUUAUUGGCUCAAACCUAGAGGCUCCUUCCAAAUCCUGAAGAAAGUUGGAGAGAGCUGGGCCCAUGGUGCUCUUGCCGCUGUGAAAGAGACUAUCUUUAAAUUACACAAAACUCAACAUCUCUAGAUCUUCAUUUAAAAUUUGGACGUGAGCACAAUAUUGUGGUUUACAGGCUGCACAGGUUAUCAUGAUAGAGUGGCACCUUAUUUUUCUGAGCAGGCCAUGGGUUUGUGCUAGGAAAGGUCUCUCUCAGCAUUGUGGCUAGACUUGUGUUAAAGAAGACACAGCUAUGUUGCAUUGCAGGUUUUGAGACCAAUUUGGACAAACCCCAGUGAUGGCCCCAAAAUGCAUAAAAAUGAUAAUGGCAGAAGUGAUGGACCAGUUGAUGCCGUAAAGUCUGUGCAGGAGGCUGCUUGUUUUGAUGUGCAGUACUUGAUACCAACUUCAGUCCUGGCUAACGUGUCUGUCCCAGCAAGUCCUGGACUCUGGGGGGAGAGUGAGCUCCACCAUGACACACUGCCUCCAGUCAGGCACUGGACUCUUUUUAAAAAGCACAAAUUUAACAUGGUUGGGUCUUCAUCUGAGAUUCUGAGUUGAAAGCAAUUCUUGUUCCAAACAGAUUCUCUAUGAUGAACAAGCAAAAGUUUAUAAAGGGAUAGGAAAGAAAUAUUAAGAAUAAAGAGCUACCAUGGAGGCCAAAAUACAGGCAUCUACCUGCUGCUUUAACUGUCUCCCCUAAAAAUUAGUUCUUCUAUAAAAUUACCUUGACAGUUUUGUCCAGACUAUCCUUCUAUUAGUUUCCUGUGUAAAAUGGUCAGAAAUCUGAACAACUGCAACUCCACAUCAUAUUUCUUUAAUUCUUAUUUUUAUCUGAUUAUUUCAGGCCAGCUAAUAUCUAUAUGGAUACUAUAUUCCUUGCUCUUUCUUGGUAGCCCAGAUAAUAAUCACUAAACUUAAGAGGUUAUAGCUUCAAAGUAAAAGCAAACUUUGAACACAUUAUAUUAUUAUGAUCUUGAAAUACCUAGCUCUCUAAUUAUCAGGAAUGAUAGAAAAUGUCCCCUUUCUCACAACUUAAAGACUUUAUAUUCUUGUGACUCAUAAGGCUUGAAAAUGUAUUGCUUAAUUAUAUACUAUUUGCUAAUUAGACUCUUUUCUGCCCAAAGAAUAUUCCCAAACAAUGCAUUAUAACUUUCUAAAAGACAGCUGGUGCCAGAUGAGAUUGAAGAUGCAAUUAUUGUAAUAGAGAAUAUAAUUUUAUUCAUCUUACAUGUUGGUAAAAACUCCAAUAACUAUUUGUUGAUUUCUCAAAAGCCACAUUCCUUGUGUAUAAUAAGAAAUUUAAGUGCACAAAGGCCAGAUCUGUGACCAAAGGGUCAAAGUUCUGUACUAAGUGGGAGAUAUUUCAUUCCAGUCCUCUCAGGUAUCAGACUUACAGACUUAGGUUGAAGAAAAGGAGUAGAGAGGGAGGCAGGAGGCAUAUCUGUGUGCAAACUAUCUAGGUGCUGUAAUUCCUGACCCUUAUUCCUUCCACAAAUUGUCACAGAGUGAUGUGUGAAGUGUGUGACCUUGGACUUCUGCUGCUUUAGAAGGCCCAAUGGCUUUCCAACCAAAUCCUUAGACUCAUUCUAUCGAUGUGCUGGCCUAAUAAA